AUGGAGGUUUAUGAGGUAGCUUCUGGACUGAAAGAACUCGACAUGGAUAACUAUGAUAAUGAGGAUGAUGAAUUCAACUCUUCAGCUCUGGGCUUGGGGAUCUUUAGUAAUGAGUUGGAUCCUUAUAUGAAUGAUGCUGCUAAAUACAAGGAAGGUAGCCACACAAAUUCAGUACUUGGUCUUGCUUGGAACAAGGAGUUUCGUGCUAGCGAAGCGCCGACAGAAAGGUUAAGGUUUGGGAUGUGGCUACUGGCCAAUGUUCAAGCAGUUGCUUGCAACCAUUAUGCUCCAGAAGUGCUUCUCAGUGGAAAGAUCGAAGAUAGCCUUCACACUCGGGUAAGUCUUGAGGAUGGAACCGUGAAAAGUUUUGACAUACGCGCUGCACAGUCAGGUUCAGAUUCUGAUUUAAGACAAAGUUUCACUAUCCAAGCGCAUGACCAAGACAAAGGAUUCUCCAUCUCAUACAACUUCUUACCAUUAAUGAGCUACAUCUAA